AUGCAGCAGCAGCAACUGCAGCAGCAGCAGACGCAGCAGCAGCAGCUGCUGCUGCUGCAGCAGCAGAACCAACCCCUCCGUCCAUACAACUCGCUGCAGUCCCCAGAAGGAGACGAACCCCCUCCACCGUCUCCCUCAGCAUUCUCUCACCCCCACACGGAAUCUCCUUCUGCUGCUGCCGCUGCUGCUGCUGCUGCUGCUGCUGCUGCUGCGCUUAACCCCUGCCCAGCAGCAGCAGCAGCAGCUGCAGCAGCAGCAACGGAAAGUGUAACUCGUGCAGAACCUUCUGCGAAUUCUGAGGCGCAAGGGGAAACACCAGCAGCGGCAGCAGAGGCAGAAGACACAGCAGCAGCAGCAGCAGCAACAGAACCACCACCAUCACCAGCAGCAGCAGCAGCAGCAGCAGCAGCAGCAGCAGGAGUAGCCUCCCCUUCUGGCUUGUCGAGGCCUCAUAGUGUGAAGGCGAUGCUCUCGGAGAUUCGCUGGCAGCAGCAGCGCGCAGAAAUAAACCAGAUGAACUCUUACACAAAGUUGCAGCUGCAGCUGCAGCUGCAGCAGCAGCAGCAGCAGCAGCAGCAGCAGCAAGAACAGCAGCACGAAGAACAGCAAAAGGCUGUCGUAGGCAGCAAAAGCGAAGGCGCUGUGGAGGAGACACUUGAGGAGGUGAAGCACUCCAGCUCACAGGCCAGCAUCAGCAGCAACAGCAGCAACAGCAGCAGCAGCAGCAGCAGCAGCAGCAGCAGCAGCAGCAGCUUUGGGUCUUUUAGUCUUUCUGCGGAUUCAUUUGCUUUGGGGUGGGGGAGGAGCAGCAGCCGCAAAGACGGAGACAACACAAAGGAAGUGAUUGCUUCGCUCCUUAGAAAGGUUGCUGCUGCUGAGCGCGUCGCCUCCCGGGCGUUUGCUGCUGUGCUGCAGCAGCGCGCCAUCUGUGAGGCUCUCGCAGAGGAGCUGAGGGAGCUGACAGAAGCUAAAGACCAGUAUGCUGCUGCUGCUGCUGCUGCUGCUGCUGCUGCUUCUGCUGCUGCUGCUGCUGCUGCUGGUGCGGGUGCUGGUGGUGCUGCUGCUGCUACUGGCGUUGCUAGUGGUGCUGUUGCUGCUGCUGCUGCUGCUGCAUGCGUUUGUGCGGUAGUGAGACACUGUGUUUCCUGGGUGUUUCCUUUGCUGCUGCUGCAUCCAAUGUAUUGGCAGCAGCAGCAGCAGCAGCAGCAACAGCAGCAACAGCAGCAACAGCAGCAGCAGUAUUGGCAGCAGGAGGUGUGUUGGUUGCGUGUAUAA